AUGCUCACCAUCCACUUAUACCUAGUUGCAUUCACUCCAUUUCCAAUCUUUGAGCCCUGCUUUAACACCGUCUCCGCAUCCCAUUACAGCGCUUUUUCUCUCAGAGAAACCCUAUUACGCGAUACCAGUCGUGUGGAGUAUCCAUCGCUGCCCUUCCUAGUACUCGCUGAUCAUCAGUUCAAAGUAUUCUCAGCUUCCGCCCCUCCCUCAGCCCCGGCCUCGGCCCAGAACUCGCCCAUCCAAACCAGAGGCAGACGACUGAUGUCACGCCUCGCUGCACAGGUCACCGCUCAG